AUGGCAAAAAUAAAGAAGCUCUUCCCACUAAAAGCUCUUUCCUUAUUGUUCGAAACCCUGCUUAAAUCAUCAGGGAAGCUGCCCUAUCUAAGGUUCAAGGUCAGCAAUGGCCCUGCAACCCAAUUCAAAUUUCUUAAGCAUUCCACACUUGUCCAUAGAACAGAUGAGCUUGCAAACCAGACAUUGGUUUUUCACGUGGAGGGUGCACUCCUGAAGUCAUGUUCACUGUUUCCUUACUUCAUGCUGGUGGCCUUUGAAGCAGGUGGGCUCUUUAGAGCACUUAUCUUGCUUCUUUUGUACCCUCUUGUUUUGUUAAUAUGGAAGGAGCUUGGACUGAGGAUUCUGGUUUUUGUAAGCUUUGUUGGUAUUACGAAGGAGAAGUUUAGAGCUGGGACUGCCAUUUUGCCCAAGUUCUUCCUGGAAGAUGUGGGUUGUGAAGGCUUUGAUAUAGUGAUGAGCUACAAAAAAAGGGUAGCAGUGACUGGAAUGCCUAAAAUCAUGGUUGAAGGAUUCUUAAGAGACUACUUGGGAAUUGAUGCUGUUGUUGCAAGAGAGUUGAAGGAAUUUCGCGGGUACUUCUUGGGUUUGAUGGAGGAAAAGAUGGAUGCUGGACUUGUUAUAAGCGAGUGUACUCAUAAUAUUGGUUUAGGUUGCUUCAGAAAAUCUCACGAUCAGAAGAUUUUCUCACAUUGCAAGGAAAUUUACUUAGUAACAGAGGCAGAAAAGAAAAAUUGGCAAGUCCUUCCAAGGAAGAGAUACCCAAAGCCAUUAAUCUUCCAUGAUGGGAGGUUGGCUUUUAGGCCAACCCCAUUAGCUGCGCUAAUUAUGUUCAUUUGGCUUCCAUUUGGCUUCCUUCUGAACAUCACCAGAACCAUUGUUUUCAUAUCAUUACCUUUUAAGUUAUCUAUGCCUUUAUUGGCCUUGUCUGGGUGUAUAAUUACAGUAUCAAAACCAGAACCUACUACUGCUUCAAUCAAUGGUGAAAAUAAACCAGGAGGCAUGCUUUACGUUUGCAACCACAGAACUUUACUAGACCCACUUUUUUUAAGUGCAGUUCUCAUGAAGUCUGUCUAUGCUGUCACCUACAGCAUUAGUAGAUUCAGUGAGGUAAUUUCCCCUAUUAAGACGGUCAGGUUAUCAAGAGAUCGAGAGAAAGAUGGAAAAAUUAUGAAGAAGCUUUUGAGCCAAGGUGACCUUGUCGUUUGCCCCGAAGGAACCACUUGCAGAGAACCCUAUCUGCUAAGGUUCAGCCCGUUAUUCGCAGAGAUGACUGAUGAAAUAGUUCCUGUAGCAAUAAAAUUGCAGGUUAGCCUGUUCUACGGAUCUACAGCUAGCGGACUCAAAUGUUUGGACUCAACAUUUCACCUCAUGAAUCCAAAUCCUAUGUGCUCGGUCAAGAUUCUUAACAAGUUGCCAAGUUGCCAAACACAUAAUACUGGAGGGAAAUCAAAGUUCGAAGUUACCAAUCAUGUGCAGAAUCAGAUUGCAGCAGCUUUAGGAUUUGAGUGUACCAAUCUUACAAGGAAAGACAAGUAUGCAAUCUUGGCAGGCAAUGAGGGGAUCGUAUAGGAUGCUAGGAGAGUGACGCAAGAAACAAUCAUGCACUUUUCAUUUGAGCAGAACAAAUUUCCAGGAGGAUCAAGUUUCCUAUGUGCAACACUAAAGAGGUAGAUACUGUAACCCCUGCAGUACUUAUGAUCUAGUUGAUCGGACGAGAGCUUAAAGCAUGAACCGAAUAAGCUUGGACGAUCAAAUAAUGAACUUUAGUAGGAUAUUUAAGGUACAAAUAUUGUUCUUGAACAUGAUUGUGUGUGAUGAUUGUGCGUCCUU